AGGAAAAUGAGAUAGACGGGAGAGAAAUAGAAGAAAACCAAAAAAAAAAAAAAAAAACAUUAGGGGAGCUCAGCUUGGUUCUGAGCACAACCCCAGACAAUGAGAACAGAGCACAGCUAGCUGCUCAGGGAUGGCACGAGUGGGAAGAACAUGUCUAUUACUGAAUAUAUUACAUGCUAUGCAAUGGUAGCAAGUAAAGAUGCCUCCAGAAGUUUCCAGAGAAACCAAGAUCAUUGAGGUGUCCUUUACUAACGGAUUCUAUUUCGGGAAAGAAUCCUUGCUAAAUGACCAACAACCCCUUCAUCAAAACAAAAACAAACAAAUAAUCCCCACAAUCCUACCCACCAGCAACAAUAAAAGCCCUAGAAACCUGAGAUCACAGAAGUUAAGAAAUAUAUAUGAUUUGUGAAUUUCCAGAGAUGUAUGUAGCAUUAUAGGUAAUGAUUUCUCUACCAAUUUGCUCCGUUCAUUUCUUAAGGGUAAAGAAAUUAGGUAUAUGUAUCUCCAUAAGGGUUAUGAGCAUCAGGAGCCCUCAGAGGGCAGAAGAUGCCCUGGAACUGGAGAUACAAGUUGUUGUAAGGCACCACGUGGGUGCCAGGAACUGAACCUGCUCCUGCAGACAAGAGCAGUGAGUGCUCUUAAUUGUUGAGUCAUCCUGCUAGCCCCAACUUCCUUUAUUAUAGUCACACAAUCUUUCCAUGUAUUUACUUUUCCUUGAAUUUGGUAAUGUUACAGAAUUCUUACACUGUCAACCAUGCUUAAGAAUCAAAUGAAAGAAAUGGUUCCAUGGACAGUCUCAUCCACUCUGAUAUUUGACUUGAGUGUUUUCUUUGUAAUUUCACAUUCUUUGAUAAUUUUUUUUAACAAGAGUUUGAAUUUAAUUGCUGUAGGUCUUCAGGUUUCCAGUAAUUUUGCAUUAAAUAAACUUCCUCAUAUUUCUCUCUGUUCACAUCUCAAUAAUACAACCCCCACAGGAUUUUCUAAGAAAAAUAUGUAUAUUUUGGGCUAGUGAGAUAGUUCAGUUAGUAAAUGCUAGUUGCACAAGCAUGAGGACCCGAGUUCAGAUCCCCAGCACCGACACAACAAUACAUGACCACAUUUCCAGCACUGGGGAGGAGGAGAUGCAGAUCUCUAGUGCUCAUUGACAAGUCAGCCUAGUUCACUUAGAGAGUCUGUCUCAAAAAAAUAGACAGCAAUUGAAGAAGACACUUGACACCUGAUGUCACCCUCUGGUCUCUACUUAGAUGCACAUCCAUGUACAAAUCAUACAUACAAAGACACACACGCACACAGACAAACGGAAACAGACAUACACACACCAAAGUCAUAAUAACAGGGCGGUCACACAGGCAGCGGCUGUGUGAAGCUGGGCUCAGGCAACAUGUACUACAAGUUUAGCGGUUUCACGCAGAAGUUGGCUGGAGCUUGGGCUUCGGAAGCCUAUAGUCCGCAGGGGUUAAAGCCAGUGGAUUCCACAGAAGCACCGCCUAUCAUAUUCGCCAAAGUCAUAAUAACAAAAUUAGCAUAGUAAUGACCUAAAUACGGAUAUAUGAACCAAAGGAACACAUAAGAGGAGAUCCUAGAAGUAAAUUCAAGAAGCUAUGGCCAACCGGUCUUCACCAAAGGUGCUAGGAACACACCCAGGGGACAGUUUUUGCAGGAAAUGGUGUGGGGAAAUUAGCUGUCUAUAUGCAGAAGAAUGAAACUAGAUCUCUAUUGUUCAGUUACAAAAUACCUACUGAAAAUAGUCAAAUAUCAGACUGAAAAUAUAAAAUUAUUAGAAGAAAACAGGAGAAAUCACUUCAGACAUUGGAAGAAGUAGGGGUUUUAAAACUGAUUUCUUUGUUUUUCUAUUUUAUUUAUUUAGUGUGUUUCUGAGGGGGAGGGUUGCCACAAAAACGACAACUUGUGGGGAGUGUUUCUCUCCUUCCACCAUGUAGGCUCUGGUGACAGAACUCAGGUCAUCAGUCUUGUAUGGCAAAUGCCUUCACCAGCUGAACCAUCUUGCUGGCCUGCAAGGACUUUUUAGAUAAGACCUCCUCCCCGUGGCCCCCACCUCAAGCAUUGGAAACAAAACCAAAAUAGACAAAUUGGAUCACCUCAAACUGCAAUGAAAGGUUCUGCACAGCCAAAAAAAAAAAAAAAAAAAAGAUCAACAGUAAAGAGGCAACCUGCAAGUUUGGAGAAAAGCCUGCAUCUAGUAAGGAGCAUAUAUCCAGAAUAUACAAUAGCAAACAAAACAAAACAAAAUCAAAACAAAGAAACCAAACCCUCCAAAUAAUAUAAUUUAAAAAUGCGCACUAGACUUACUAGACUUAAGUAGACGUUUCUCACAAGAAGACAUACAAAUAACCAAUAAAUAUAUGAAGAAAUGGUUAACAUUAUUAGUUACUAGAAAAACGCAAGCCAGAAGUACAAUAAGACUCAGUUUUACUUCAGUUAAAAAGCUUAUGAUCAGCAGGACGGUGGUGGCUUAAAUGCAGCACUCGGGAGGCAGAGGCAGGUGGAUCUCUGUGAGUUCGGGGCCAGCCUGGUCUACAAGAGCUAGUUCCAGGACAAAGCUACAGAGAAACCCUGUCUUGAGAAAAAAAGAAAAAAAAAGAAAUCUUAUGAUCAAAAAUGGAAAACAUAAAUUCUGGAAAGGAUGUGGGGAAAAAAGAACGCUUGAACAUUGUUGGCGGGUUAUAAAUUAGUAUUCUCACUGUGGGAAACAGCAGAGAAGCUACCUAAAAGUGAAAAGCACAACUACCAUAUCAUCUAGCAAUCUUGCUACUGGGCAAAUACCCAAAAGAAAUGACAUCAGUCUGUCAAGGAGACAUUAACCACUGUCAUGUUCACUCACAGUAAAAAAAAAUGCAAUCAACCUAAGUGUCCAUCAUCUGAAGAACGGAUAAGGAAAAUGUGUUACAAGUACAUAAGGGAAUACUAUUCAGAGACUUCAAAAGGACGAGCAUCUUGUCAUUUGAAGUGACAUGGAUGGAACUGGAGAGCAUGAAAUGAAAUAAGCCCGCCAUAGAAAGGAAAGUACUGCAGGAUCUUGCUCAUACACGGGAUCAAAAAAGACUGAUAGCAAAAAAGUUGAGAAGAACACGGUUUACCAGAGGCUGGAAAGAGUACAGGAGCAGGAGGGAUGGAUAAAAAGCAUGGUCAAUGGGCACCGAGUUACAGUUACACUGGAGGACCAGUUUUGGUAUUCUAUUGCAUAGAAUGAUAACCUUAAAUUGUGCUAACUAAUAAGAGCUAUGGGAGGCCUGGAGGUUAAGCUCAGAGGAGAGUGCUUGUCUAGCAUAUGUGAAGCCCAAGGUUCCACCCCUACGGCCACAAAAAGAGAAGAGAAAAGCUAGGACUUUGAAUGUUUUCUUUUGGAUAUCUGCCCAGUAGUGGGACUGCUAGAUCAUAUAUUUCUAUUUUUAUUUAUUUAUUUUUUUAAAGAUAUAUUUAUUUAUUAUGUAUACAACUUUCUGCCUCCAUGUAUGCCCAAACGCCAGAGGAGGGCGCCAGAUCUCAUUAUAGAUGGUUUGGAGCCACCAUGUGGUUGCUGGGAAUUGAACUCAGGACCUUUGGAAGAGCAGAUGGCGCUCUUAACCACUGAGCCAUCUCUCCAGCCCAUCUAUUUUUAUUUUUUUUAAUUAAAUAAAAUGAUGGUUGUGGAGACAGCUAUGUUUAUCUUGAUUUGAAAACAUUAUACAAUAUAUACAUAUACUGAAACAUUGAAUGACACCUGUAAGCUUAUACAUUUUUUUUCCUAUGUCAAUUAAGAAUUCAGGAACAAGCCGGGCAGUGGUGGUGCACACCUUUAAUCCCAGCACUUGGGAGGCAGAGGCAGGCGGAUCUCUGUGAGUUCGAGACCAGCCUGGUCUACAAGAGCAAGUUCCAGGACAGGCUCCAAAACCACAGAGAAACCCUGUCUCGAAAAACCAAAAAAAAAAAAAAAAGGAAUUCAGGAACAAUUUGGUAAGAAAGGCUUGGUUGUUACAUGUACUAGAGCUACUGAUAACUGCUGUUUUUGGGGUGCAGGGGAAUGAACCCAAAGCUUCAUAAACAGAGUGGGUGCUCUAACUGAGCUCCAACUGCAGCCUCCAUUCUCUUCCUGUGGUCCCAGGAGUGGAGCAAACAGAGGGCACUGCACUUACUAAGCAGGAGGCUCUAUCACCGAGCUACAUCCCUGAGCCCCAAUUAUCUUUUCUCAAGCCAAACUGGCUAGCGGAAAUGGAAGUUUCCCGAUCCUUCUCAACACAUUAUCUAACUUUAUCUUGACUAUUUCUCUUCAGAAUUAGAAACAGCUAUUUCUCUGAGACAUUCAGCUUUCUUUUGAUAGGAUUUUUUUUGUUGUUUUUUGUUUUUUGUUUUUCGAGACAGGGUUUCUCUGUGGUUUUGGAGCCUGUCCUGGAACUAGCUCUUGCAGACCAGGCUGGUCUUGAACUCACAGAGAUCUGCCUGCCUCUGCCUCCCAAGUGCUGAGAUUAAAGGUGUGCGCCACCACUGCCCUUUCUUUUCUUUUGUUUUUGACAGAACCCCUGUGGAGAGCAGGCUAGCCUUGACCUCACGUUGUCUUUACUAGCUGCUCUUGAGAGCUGGAAUUCCAGGCCAAUGCCACUGUACCAGGCUGGGAAUGGUACUUCAGUGCCACAAUUUAGACUAGCAGGUAUGGUGACUACUAGGCCACUUUUUUCUAGUCUUUGCUAAAGCAAAGGUCUGUGCAUUUAUUAUAAAAAUAUACAUUUUAUGUGUUUAUAUCAGGAUUACAUACACCAUUGCUUAUUGUUAACUUCCUUUUUAAGUUAAAAAAUCCCUAGUUCUCAAAGACAGGACAGAGUAAGACUAUCAGGCAAUUACUCAUCUGUACUCCCUUAUAUCGUACAGCCUUGAAUAGUUAAUUACACUAACACUGCCGCCAGCAUAGUCACUCAGGGCUGUUGGGGCUCUUUGCAUACACCUUUCUCAUUUCCUCAUUUUGAGACAUAGUUGUAUUACACGUUCAUUCCUCCUUAGCUCCCACUUAGUACUGCUUCUGAGAAUAACUGUCCUCCAGUCACCACCAAUGGCUCCCACUACUGCGGUUGUCUGAAUCUCAUUUUCUAGCAAAUUCUUCAGGGAGGGAUCAUGGGAAUAGUAACUUUUAGUUGCUGGAUUUAAAAAACCAUCAGUACUCUUUAUACUUGAGUUUUUCUUUAUCAGAUACAAUAUUCUUGGUCCUACUUUUCCUCUUUGGGGAUAUUAAGCAUUUGCUACUUUAUUUUAAGAGUUUUUAACAGAUACGAUAUUCUUGGUCCUAUUUUUUCCUCUUUGGGGAUCUUAAAUAUUUGCUACUUUAUUUUUUUUAUUUUUUUAAAAUAUUUAUUAUGUAUACAAUAUUCUGUCUGUGUGUAUGUCUGCCGUCCAGAAGAGGGCACCAGACCUCAUUACAGAUGGUCGUGAGCCACCAUGUGGUUGCUGGGAAUUGAACUCAGAACCUUUGGAAGAGCAGGCAAUGCUCUUAACCACUGAGCUAUCUCUCCAGCCCCCUUGCUACUUUAUUUUUUCACAGCAUGAAGCAUGUCAUAGUUCACAGGUAAGACUUUUUUCCCCUCAGAUGUAAAUCACGUGCAAAAUGUUGAGAUGUCUAUGACAUUUAAUUUUUUUAAAAAUUUAUUUGAACUAGUCUUAGUCAUUCUGGGUGAAAUAUUUCAGGAAUAUAAUGUUUUUUAUUCGUUUGGUUUUUAUUUUUUCAGACAGGGUCUACACCCUGGAGGCUGGCCUUAUACUUUCUAUGUAGCCCAGGCUGGCCUCUGCCUCAGCCUGAAUGACAGGCUUUCUUAUUUAGAUAACCCCAUCAUCCAUAUGGCAGCUCUUUUUGCUGUUUUUAAUGUCAUUUUAUCCAAAAUCCUCUUUAUCGGUUUCUUCAUAGUUUUCUUUGUUUAAAAAAUAUUUAAGCUAUUUUUUUCAUACAAUAUUUUGAUCAUAUUUUCUUCUCUCCCAACUCCUCAUCAUCUCUGUUUUGAUUUUCGUCUUUUUGUUGUUGUUGAUGUUCUUAUUUUUUUUUUUCCUUUUUACCUGGUAAGACAUUUUCGGUUUGGACUCAUUUUUCUUUCGUUCUACUUCAGCUUUGCCAAGUCUCUCUACCCCAUUUCAGAUGGCUCCUCUGUGGUCAAUGCAACUUUUCAAAUAGUAUUUUACAACCCAUUCUAAAAUAUUCUUUCAUAUUUGUUCAUUUUUGUUUUGCUGUAUUUGGUGUUGUGAGACAGGUCUCACCAUAGCCGAGGCUGGCCUGGAACACUGGGUAGCUGAGGAUGGCUUUGUACAUAGUUGUUCCUACCCCCAUGUCCCAAGUGCUAGGGUCCCUCCUGCCUUUUGUUAGCCUAGCCUUCUGGAGUGUUUGCAAAAUAUCUCUUUUAGCCCCUUAAUUCUGUGUGGGAUUUGAUCUUGGUAAUUUUCCUUUUAAUUCUGAAAUAUAAUAUACAUGUCCCACAACUCAUCUACUUAAAAGUUAUAUUCAGAGCUCUCCGACCACAAUCACAAUGUGUUGCUAACUUCUAUGUGAAGUUUUUCUGAACUUUUAGGGAGGCUUGUGAUCAAGGUGGUUAUCCAGUUUCCCAGGGGCUCCACUCUGCUGCUUUCCCCCACAGUGGAGAAGUAUGGCUUCUAGAAUAGAUACCCACUCUGGUUCUCUCUCGCUUUUUACGUGACCCUUCUCUUUCUUCUCUCUGGCUCUUGUCCUCACAAAUUUUGAUUUUACUUGUAGCAACACAAAACAGAGCCAAACAAAAAAGAACAAGUCUGAAAGAACGCUUUAAAAUGAGUUGGGAGACACUAUUGUGUAGGGAGGGGGGCCCUGCCUUGCGAGACCAGGUGGCUUAACUCCAAGAGCUCAUUAAGGGCUGGAACACUCUACUCCGGCAGAUUGUCCAAUCAUGCGUGCUUUUCAUGUGCUUGGUUUUUACCCACGCAGCCAUCUCACCACAUUGGCUCAGAGUUUACCGGACAGCAAAACCUUCCCUCCUUCCAAGUGCUGUUCCGAAACUGGCCUCACUGCUGCCGUUACUGACUACGCUACUUUGAAACUCAUUAUUCUUCGCUUUUCCAGGUAGUUAGCUCCUGGUGCCUCCAGCACAGACGCCAGUAACCUGCUCAUAAGCACAUAGAUGACCUGCCUUUUCCUAUCUUUACUUUGUGGGUCACAGGGAUUCACUGUCAUCUAUCUGUCUUGUAGCAUUCAAGUUUAUUUCGCAUUUUAAGUAUAAACAUAUGUAAAAAAGUAAAAGACAAUGUGGAUGCAGCCCAGUGAAUUGUCACAUACUUAACAGGCUCGUGUAACUGGUCCCCAGGCAGAAAUAUGAAAUACUAACUUUGCAGAAGCCCCUCAGGUCCAACUACAUUUCUGAUCCCCAACUAAAGGCAAAUACUAUACUGGCUUUUAAUCAGCACAUACAACAUGUUUCUCCUGUUUUGAACAUCAUGCGAAUAAAAUCACACUGUAUACAUGCUUUUGUAUUUGGCCUUUCCACACACAAUUAGGUGUGCUUCAGCCAUACUUAUCACUCCAGCUAGUUAACACAGCAGCUCAUCAUAUGAAUCCUCCAAAACUUGCUUAUCCAUUCUGGAAUGUACGGGCACCCAGGCACACUGUAUCCACACUGGGCUAUUAAAAUCAAUGAUGCUAUGGCUUUAUACUUUAUGGGCACAUUGUCCCUUGGGUGUAUACCAGUGGUUCUCAACCUGUGGGUCACGUCAUCAGAUAUCCUGCAUCUCCAAUAGUCACAGCAGCAAAACGCAGCUAUGAAAGCAGUAACGAAGUAACUGUAUGGAUGGGGGUUGCCACAACAUGAGAAACUGUAUUAAAGGGUUACAGUAUUAGGAAGGUUGAGAACAACUAGUCUAUACUAAGAAGUGAAACCAUGGGGUCAGAGUAGUAUGCCUAUAUUCAAUCAACUUCUGUGGAACCACCAUCAACUAACUCUUAGACCUCCCAUCUUUCCUGUUUCCUUCGGUUGAGCUUACUUCUUGUUUCCUUUGCUCCUUUCCUUGUUACCUUACUGAAGUAGAAUCUCAGGUCGCUGGUUUCAUUGUCUUUCCUCCCCAGCAUUGCAUUUUCAACAUCAUACAUACUCCCCUCCGAGCACAGCUUCAAUUGUAUUCCUGCAAUUCUGGCGCUCUUCCAGUGUAAUUCUCCUUUGACUCAUGGGUUACUUAAAGGCAUGUUAAUUCCUAGAUAUUUGGGGAACUCCCCAGGUAUGUUAUGGUCUAAGAACACAUUCACUGUGAUUUUGAUUCUGAAAAUCAGUUGAAAAUUCUGAUGGCCUCUAUGUUGAAUGUAUCAUGUGUAUUUGAAAACGUUUCUUUUACUGUUGUUGGACAUAGUUCUAUAAAUGCCAAAUAGUGUAUGGUGACUGACAGUGUCGAUCAGAUUUUUCUAGAGCCUUACUAGUACAUAAUUCUAUAAAUUACUAAAAAGAUAUUAAUAUUUUCAAUUGUGUAGGUCAGCUUCCCACUACUGACAAUAUAGCUGAAAAUAAAACAAUUGGAGCCGUUUUGACUCAUUGCUCCAAUUCUUCAUAAUUUGCCCCCAUAACUUUGGGUCCAAGGUGAGGUUGAACAUCAUGGUGAGGCGCAUGUGUUGGAGCAAAGCUAUUUGCUUCAUGGUAGCCAGGGACCGGAGUAGGAGCACGAGAGAAGGGGCCCUCAAGGAGCUAUUCCCUUCAACAAGGCUCCCACCCCCAAAUUAUGAACCUACCAAUGGAUGAAGUCAAAGACCCCGGGAUCCAUUCACUACCCAAAGCCCUACCUGGAGCACUGGGGAUCAUGCUUUCAACAUGUGGAACUCAAAGCAGAACCCCAGUUGUGAGUGCAGGUUUGUCUCUUUCUCCAUUUGAUUACUUUGGUCCUCCUGUGUCUGAAGCUUGUUACAGGCACUUGCAGUUCCAGUUCAGGUGUCUUCCUGGGCAACUGCCCCUUUCUUUUAUCAGUCUGAAAUGAUCUUUUAAAUUAUCCUGUUCUCUUGAAAUCGGCUUCAUCUAGUAUCACUGUAGUUACUGUUAAUAUGAUACAUGGUUGCAGUGCAUUUUCAUUUUUGGUAAUAUUUAAAUUUUUGUAUUCUAAAAUACACAAUUUCCUAUUAACAGUAGGCAGCUGUGCUAAGAUCAUCGAUCCUUGAUUUCUCGUUUGAAGGUUUGUUUUAUUUACACUUAGGGUGUUCUGGGUUUGGCCACUUCAAUAGAUGAGUGCUGGCCAACUUUUUUCAUUUAUUUAAAUGCGGGGAUACAGAGAUCUGCAGAUUUUCUUUAGUGAAGUAUUUAAUUAAGAUCUUUUGGGUCAUUUUUUUUUCAUCUGGCUGUUCAUUUUCUUAAUAUUGAAUCUUAAGAGAAUACUAUGGAUAACAGUCCCUUAGCAGAUCUAUCUUUUAAAAUACUUUGUAUUAAUCUAUGGCUUGUCUUACUGUGUGUGUGUGUGUGUGUGUGUGUGUGUGUGUGUGUGUUAUGGAAUGUACUGUGAAGGCCUCCUUCUUCUCUCCGUGUCUGGUCCAGUCUGCUGGCCAUGUUCAGUCCACCACUUCUCUCCCUGCUCUGGACUCCUCUGGACAGCUGUGCCCCCUCCCCCACACAGUGACAAGAAACACCUUCCUCUCGACCACACCUUGGAGCAGUCUUCACUUUGUUUACUAGAGAUACAAUUUCCCAUCUUCCCUGGGCACUUUAAGAUGCUGCCUCUGGCUCCUGUUGUUUCUAAUGGGAGAUGAACAAGAGUUCCUGUCUUUGCUCUCUGUGUGCUUUAUUUCCCGUGUGGGGAAUAUGUGUGCCUGUACAGAGACCAGAGGUUGACACUGAGCAUCUUCCUGAAUUAUUCCACCUUAGAUAUUUCAAAGAAAAGUCUCUCAAUGACCAUGGAAUUCACCAAUUUGACUGGCCUGGCUCACCGGUGAGCUUUGGAGAUCCUCCUGUCUGCCUCCCCAGCUCUGGAAGGACAGAGCAUUCACCACCACACUGAGCUUUUUGAAAAACCUGCGUUUUAGGGCUGACUCAGGUCCUCAUGCCUACAUGGAAAGCACACAUCCCCAUGCAGACACACAUAACAAAAAAUGUCUUUAAAAAUAAACAGUUUAUUAAUUCUCUGCCUGUGUAUGUUUAUGAGAGCACACAUGUGAACUGAUUCUCUCUCCACUAUGGGUCCUGGGGAUGAAAGUCAGGUUGUCAGCAUGCACCUUUACCUUUACCUGCGGGACCGUCUCAAUGGCACAAGCCUACCUAUUUUUAUAUACAUAUAGACCCAUAAAAAGCUCCCGGAUAAAAAGGUGCUUUAAGUGGAAAUAGUUUAAAGCCUGCUCCAUAGUGCUAUACUGCUAAGCUGCGAGGUUCAGUGGGCUAAAUGUAGUAAAGGCAUUUUUUACAUGUGUGUGGAGUGUACGCACACAUGUGCAUGUACAGGCCAAAGGUCGAUGGUGCUGCCCCAGCUCAUAUACUGGAGUAAGGUCCUUCAUUUGAGCCCAGAGCUCGCUGUUUCAGCUAGUCUGGUUGACUAGCUUGUUCUGUGCCUCAUGGAAUGCUGAGAUUACAGACCAGCAUAUCUACCUAGGAUUCCCAUGGGUGCAAGGCAUCUGACCUCCACUUCUCACGGUUCUGUGGCGGCAGCAUUACCUGCUGAGCCACCUCUCUAGCUCCUAAAGAUAUUUUGACAGGAUAGUUUCAAGAUACCACGGGUUAAUCAAGAUGUAGCCCUGUGGUAAGUUGAAGAGCAUCUGGAUUAGAGAUUUGGAAUUUCUGUCCUCUAGAGAAUAGUAACUUUUAAUUUUAGAAGACCAUGAAACUGUUUGGAACCAAUAUGCCUGUUUAUCUCUGUUGCAUUGCUAACGGUUAAAUUCUCCGGUUAAUUAGGGCUCUCCCUGUGUGGGUCUCUUCUUUUUAGAACAUCUUUCAUCACUUUGCAGUUGCUAUGGUCACUUUAACUCAGUGUUCUCGUUCCUCAGUCAGUAAGUCUACAGAUUUCUAUCUGACUUUUAGUUAUGCUAUGUAACGAAAGUACAGCACACCCAGAGGUGAAAAGCUUUAAAAAAGCCAAACAGGACACCUUUCAAACGGCCACCCCUUCUGUGUGCAUGUGCAUGUGUGUGUGUAUGUUUGCGCUACUGGAAAGAGCACUAACACUGGAGAGUUAAAGGCCUGAAUUUAAAUCUCAGCCUGGCCACUGUAUUACUUAAGGCAGGCUAAUUGACUUCUUACAGACCAUUAUCUCCAUGGAGAUUAGAAUGCUUCCUUCACAAAAUUAAGAGAGUCAAGAGACAAGGAAACUAAGGCUCAGAGGGUGGACAAUGUCUCACCUGUUAAGUGGUGGGAAGUGUACUGGUCACCCCACGCCUGUUUGCGACAUUUUUCCUGCUACAUAAUACAUACACACAUUGCUCUUCCCUUUGCCCAUCUUUCCCUUUCAAAGACUCCUCUGAGUACCUCCUAUGAUCUAACUACCAAACUGGGCAGCAAGAACACAGAACAUCAGAACUGCUGCUUUCCAGGCAUUUUAAGUUCCCUUCACGCCUUCCAAGUGUGGCCUGCCCUACAGUUUAUGCAUGCUUCUGGUCACUUUCUAAAUACAUGGAAGGAGUUACCCUUUUAAAAAUAUUUUGUUCAGUUUGUAAGUUUUGACUGCCCAGGGACCAGCAUGAUACUAUCUGCUCUGCCAUUACCACAAGUGGGCUUUUGAUUUUGCUAUCUGGCUGCUGUUCUCAUGUCAGAACUGGAGAUUGGAAGACAGUACUCCUGAGAAUCAUCUGCCAUUUGUUUCAAUGGUGAAAUGAUACGGCCUAGGCGACUCUUGCCAGAAUCUCCACUUAGACUACCUCUCCUCGGGUUCUAGCUGUGAAGGUGUAAGGAACCAGCAGUUAACCAUCUUCCUCCCCCAC